AUGCCGGGUGUGGAAGGCGUGCUGGCGCUCGUGCGCGAAGGCGGAGAUAUGAGCAAGCGCUUCGAACAUUACUGCAAGAUGAACCUAUGCCUGGAAAGCUGGGACUUUCUUAUAGAUAGGGCCCUCUACGAGAUGAUGGACACCACUCACGCAGACGAGCAGUUCAUGGCCUUUACCAUGAUCUCAGACCGGUACUUGCUGGCCACAUCUCCAGAUGAGGUCAACAUCGCCGGGGCCACCAGGAAGCACAUGGCUGCUUUCAGAACAAGGUAG